CCCAAUUCUAUUAAAAUUUCUCGCUCGUAGAAAAUGCCAACUGGAGAAGAUAAUAUUGUUGUUCCACCUGCUUUUGACGGAGAGUCAGUGUCAAAAAACAAAGAAAUCUAUGUCACAUUUGGUGUUGAUGUUGACGCUGUUGCUGGUUGGUUAGGUUCAUACGGAGGAGAAGACUCCCCUUUUGAUAUUUCAAGAGGCAUAUGUGCUGCUGAAGUUGGAGUUCCUCGGCUAUUGGAAUUGUUUAGAAGGUUCGAUUUGAAGACAACUUGGUUUCUGCCAGGUCACUCAGUAGAAUCUUUUCCGCUGCAAAUGAGACAAGUUGUUGCAGCAGGGCAUGAAGUUGGAGCUCACGGAUACUCCCACGAAAACCCUGUUCGAAUGACUCCCAAACAAGAAGAGGAUGUUUUGGCAUUAUCUGUCCAGAUAUUGGAAAACUUAACUGGAAAGAAACCAAAAGGCUAUGUAGCGCCUUGGUGGGAACUUUCUGCAGCUACUCCGGAACUUCUACUGCGCUAUGGUUUCAAGUAUGAUCACAGUCAAGGACACCACGACUUCCAACCGUAUUAUGCCAGAACAGCUGAGAAAUGGACGAAUAUAGAUUAUUCUAAGCCUGCUAGAGAUUGGAUGAAACCUCUAGACAGAGGACAGUCUGUGGAUCUGGUUGAAAUUCCGGCGAAUUGGUAUGUAGAUGAUCUUCCACCGAUGAUGUUUAUCAAGUCCGCCCCUAAUAGCCAUGGCUUUAUGAACCCACGAGAUAUCGAAGACCUUUGGAGAGAUCAGUUUGAGUGGGUUUAUCGAGAAUAUAAUUUCGCCGUCUUUCCAAUCACUAUUCACCCAGAUGUGAGCGGAAGACCUCAAGUUCUCUUGAUGCUCGAACGUUUCAUUAGUUAUAUUCGACGUUUUCCAGGUGUACAUUGGACCACUAUGGAAGAAGUAGCACAAAUAUUUCGAAACAAGCAACCUUUUCUGAAUGCUUAAUAGAGUUCGGUUGCUAGUAUUUCCCAAGUCUUUGAUAAGAAUUGAUUCUACUUUUGGUAGUACAUGACAGAUCUUUUUUCUAUUUGGAAAACUGUAUGUAUUCAGUAAAGGAAAUGUCGUAAAUUCAAAACGACGUGGAGUCGUUAAUUUUUA